GCUACGUCACGAGCGCCCGUGCCCGCGUCGGAAACGUCACCAAAACAAAUAAAACUAAAAAACCGACAACACACGCUCACGGAAUCGCAAAAUAAACUGAAAAUUACCGGUAAAAAUAACAUUCCAAGUGUUUAUUUCAGUGAUUUGUGUGUGAAAGUGCCGUCAAAACCGGUUGCCUUUCGCGACUUCGGUAAAAAGUGCCCCAUAUUUAUUUAGGUGCAAGCAACGGAACCCAGUGACAACUACAAGAAUGUAGCAACAAGCUUCAAACAUUCACUAUCGAACUAGCCAUAUCCUUCAAGAAUGCUAUGAAAACGGACACCCUGGCAGGCACCAGGACCCAAAGCGGGGAGCCACCGCGCUCCACCGCCUACUACUACGCAGACCUUGAAAGACUCAAGAAGAACAAAACUUCUCCAGAGCCGAUACCUCAAGAAGAAACCCAGAACCCAAACGAGCUCAGCGAGUACGUAGAAUCCAAUGAGGUCAUCAACGAUGGUGCCAUCAGAGAAGUCCCUCCAUUCCGCGACAGACGGCAAUGGAGUCUUCCAGAAUACUCCACCCCUGAAAACACGAGGAAGUUGGAAGAAACAUAUUCCACAGCUGGGACUUUUCCCAUGCCAGAACCAAAGGAAAAGGAACCGUUGUUGGCGGAGCUAGAAGUUGUUGGACGAUUGCCGUUGACUCAGCUGGAUUCUUCGCCAGGGGUCAGAAGAAGCAGGAGCUGGUAUCUCUGCUGCCCGAAUGUGGCUGAUGAGGAGAUUUCGAGGGAGUCUUCGUGGAGGUACUCCAGCCUCAGACCGGUGACUGCUCCGCCGCUGCCGGGGCAGAAUGGAAUGAGCGAGCUGGUGCUAACCCACAGCAGCGGCCGAGAGGACGUGGCUUCACUGCGGGCGGAGCGCGACGCGCUAGCUCGAGCGUUGUCAGCAGAGCGACAGCGAGCGGCGACCGCGGCCAGGGCCCACGACGCGAGACUGGCGGAGCUGCAUGGCGUCAUAGCGGAGCUGGUGAGGCGGCGCGCCGCUGACAAACACGCCGCGGCCAUACCGGAAGAAGAAUUAUCAGCUACGGCCGCUAGGGCCCACGACGCGAGACUGGCGGAGCUGCAUGGAGUCAUAGCGGAGCUGGUGAGGCGGCGCGCCGCUGACAAACACGCCGCGGCCAUACCCGAGGAGGAACUCUCUGGUAAGACGAUUAUAGGGGUUUCACUGCAGAGAUAA